AAGAGACAAGAAGGGUAGAAGACGCUACUGAGCAGAGCAAAACUGAUCUGAUUUUGUCCACAAUUCUCACAUUUACUCAAGCAUCUGUGCUUGUCACUUUGUGUGCUGUUGUUUGUGCCACAGCAUGGCGGUCGUCAUCCGUUUACAGGGACUGAGAAUAACAGCAGGUUCUCAGGAUAUUCGUAACUUCUUCACUGGCCUCAAAAUUCCAGAUGGAGGGGUGCAUAUAAUUGGUGGGGACCGAGACGAAGCUUUCAUUAUUUUUGCUUCAGAUGAAGACGCGAGAAGAGCCAUGACACGGUCAGGGGGUAGCAUUAAAGGUUCGCCCAUUACGUUGCUAUUAAGUAGUAAAGCAGAGAUGCAGAAUAUGCUUGAAAAAAGUACGAGAAAUGUAGAGCGGGAAAAAAGGAAGCUGCUUGAGGAGGAUGCAAGACGUCCUAGAAGAUCUGUGGACCGUGAGCAGGGCAGGAGAUCAGGUAGCAGAUCCCGUCAUACCUCUCCACCCCGGCACCAGAGGGCCUCAAACUCUGAUUUUUUGCGUGUGUUCCUAAAAGGAAUGCCCUUCACUGUUACUGAAAAGGACGUGCUUAACUUCUUCAGUGGUUUAUUUGUUGAUGAAAUAAUCUUAUUGAAAAAUCAAAAGGGACAAAACAAUGGAAAAGGUUUUGUCAAAUUUGCAACCAGAGAGGAUGCAAGCGAAGGCCUGAGGAGGGACAGAAAAUACAUGGGGUCAAGGUAUGUGGAGGUCUACACGACAACAGAAGAGGAUUGGCAUCGGGCUGUUGGUUCCAACAUGACUGGCAAGGUUGAAAGACAAAGAUCCCCUGUUCGCAAUCAGAGGAAUCCACAAUACCGUGCAAGGUCACGAUCACCAUUGGCCCAGAGGCCCACUGCUUCCUCCAAUGAGGAAUACUGUGUUUUUUUGGAAAACCUGUCCUAUGCAGUGGAAAAAGACGACAUAAAGAAGCUUUUUUGCAACGCAAGGCUUGAGGAUGAUCAGAUCCUGUACAUGAUUGGCAAUGAGGGGAGAAGAACUAGAUCUGCGUUUGUACUGUUCAAGAGUCUGCGAGACUAUUCUGAAGCCACAACUAGCGACAAAAUUAUGUUUUUCAACCGAUGGGUUUUUAUCCGUCCAAUCUCAAGAGAGAACAUGAUCACCCUGCUGGAGUCUCAGAACAUGGAUGCCCAACCUCCAGAAAACUCUGGUAAUCCUUGUGACUCAGAGGAAAUAUGUCUGUUUGUGCGGAAUCUGCCAUUUGAUGUGCGGAAAGUUGAGAUCAUGGACUUCUUCCAUGGGUUCAACGUCACAGAGGACAGGGUGUUUUUGCUGCAUGACGAUACAGGUGCUGGGGUUGGGAAGGCUUUGGUUCUCUUCCAGUCUGAGGCAGAGGCAGCAAGAGCACUUUCUCACAAUGGACUAAGGUUUCUUGGGUCAGUAGUUGCACUGAAAUGCAUUUCACUUUCUCAGAUGAGGGAGUUGGGUGUUGAGCCACCAGUGGUGCAAGAGCCAAUGCUGAGAGAGGAGCAGUACUCAGGCAGGAGCAACGAGGUAUCCGGUCGCCCUGGUUUCGUAGAGCACCCUGACUUACGUGUCCGUCAUAAUAGUAAAGUACCAAUGACUAAUACACCGUCCCACAUCCAUGGAGGCUAUGAUUAUGAGCCCUAUGCAGAAGGGUGUUUUGCACCACAGGAUGGCAGUAAUGGCAUUCAUGGUGACUUUGGCCCGUCAGUGCAGAAUUUUGAUGGUCCCACCUGUAUAAAGCUAGUCAACUUGCCAUUCCAAAUCAAAAGUGAAGAAAUCUAUGACUUUUGCUAUGGAUAUCGCAUUAUCCCUGGAUCUGUGUCACUGCAGUAUGACAACAGUGGAGCAUCUUCUGCAACUGUAGUAUUUGAGUCUCGUCCAGAGGCCUUAACAGCAAUCGAGGAACUGAGUGGAAGACCAAUAGGUGCCAGAAAAAUACAGCUAUUAUUUGUGUGACAUUGAUUUUCAUGUCAGCUUACAUGCCUGAGCAGUAUGGUUUGGACAUGCACACCAAUUUGGCUGAAAAAAAGCUAUUCUAAGGGAAGCGUUUCCUUGCAUUGCCUUUUUGUUAAUAAUGUGGUAUGGCUGUGAACAGUAAAUUAACUUUGUUUUUUUCCCCAACCACAUUUUGUUUUAUUGUGAUAUAUAUUUUUGUUGAAUACAGUUAAAUCACUGAAUAUGGGUUUGUUUGCAAUGCUCAUUUUAAGAGUGAAAUGCUUGAUUUUAGUUUCCCCAUUUAAGUAUGGUUGUUCAAUUUACAACAUUCUGUAGAAAAAUGUAUGGAAAAUUCAAUGUAUUUGUGGUUAUUGUAAAAAGUGCAUUUUUUUUUUUAUAUAAAGAUGCGUA